AUGGCGCUGACAGUCGGCCCCAGGCAGCGAGCGGUCCAGGAUGCAGCGGGGGCGGGCAGCAGCAGCAGAUACACACGCCAUUUCACGUGUCCGCUGCCCAACCAGGUGCACCGCUCCACAAGCAGUCCAUUGGGCGAAAGCCCGGGCGCCCAGCGGCGCCUGGGAGGCAGCAGACUGCACGCGGCGGUGGUAGGCGACGGCCUGACCGAGGCGCAGCGGCAGCAGCAGGGCGGCAACGGCAACGGCGCCGGUGCAGCGGCGGCGGCGGCGGCGGCAGCAGCGACGCUCGAUCCCCAGCAGCAGCAGCAGCAGCAGCAGCGGCAGCCCUUGGUGCGGGACCCAGAGGAGUUUCAGCUGCAGCCGGGGGAGCUCAGCUACAUAGCCCGCGGCAAGCCGCUGUCAAACGUCGACGUCUUCCGCUGCGCCGCCUGCUCCCGGCCAGAGUGCCAGACGGCGGCGGGGUGCGCGGGCAUGCAGUGGCGGCACACGGCGGGGGGAUACCUGCGGGAGGUACUGACCGCCAAGGUGUAUGAUGUGGCGGUGGAGACGCCGCUGGAAGCUGCCGAGAAGCUGAGCGAGGCGUGCGGCAACACCAUCCUGCUCAAGAGGGAAGACCUGCAGCCCGUCAAGUCCUUCAAGCUGCGGGGGGCCUACAACAAGAUGGCCCAGCUGACUGAGGAGCAGCUGGCCAAGGGCGUCAUCUGCUCCUCAGCAGGCAACCACGCGCAGGGCGUGGCGCUGGCGGCGAAGCAGCUGGGCUGCCACGCUGUCAUCUGCAUGCCCACCACCACCCCCGACAUCAAGGUGAAGGCGGUGCGGGCGCUGGGGGGCGCUGUGGACCUGUGCGGGGAGAGCUACCAGGAGGCGCAGGCGCACGCGCAGGCGCGGGCGGCGGCAGAGGGCAUUGUGUUCAUCGCGCCAUACGACGACCCCUACACCAUCGCCGGGCAGGGUACCAUCGGCAACGAAAUCCUGCGGUGGGUGGGCGCCAACGCCAUGGCGCAGUCGCUGGCGGCGGGGGAGCGGGUCACGCUGUCCAAGGUGGACGCCUUUGCGGACGGCGUGGCGGUCAAGUAUGUGGGCGCUGAGACCUUCCGCCUGUGCCGGGACCUGGUAGACGGCGUCGUGCUGGUGGACAACGCCGCCACAUCCGCCGCCAUCAAGCUGGCGGACGUGGGUGGAAAGCGCGAGGCCAUGCUGGCGGUCUCCAUCCCCGAGCGCCCCGGCUCCUUUGCCGACUUUGUGGAGACGGCGAUCGACGGCACUGACAUCCCCAUCACCGAGUUCAAGUACCGGUACGAGGAGGACAAGGACGCGCACGUGCUGUUCAGUGUGGGCGUGGCGCCCGACUCGCCAGAGUGCCUGGCGCUGGUGGGGCGGCUGGUGGGGCGUGGCUACCCGACCAUCGACGUCAGCGAGAUCGAGAUGGCGCAGGUGCACCUGCGGCACUUGGUGGGCGGCCGCGCGCGGGGGCCCGACGGGGAGCUGCUCCACGAGCGCGUCUGCCAGGUGGACUUUCCGGAGCGGCCGGGAGCGCUUCGGCGCUUCCUGUCGGGCCUGUCGGCCCGCUGGAACAUCACCCUCUUCCACUACCGCCGCACAGGCAACCAGGCCAGCGGCGUGCUGCUGGGCAUCCAGGUGCCGCCAGAGGAGGAUGCGGAGUUCCAGGCGGCAGAGCUGUCGGGCAAGGCGCGGGAGGUGUUCAAGAUGUUCAUCAGCUGA